AUGGAUAUCAAAAAUUGGCUUCGCCAAAGUACCGAAACAAAGCUGAAGGACAGUGAUGAGCAGCAGCAUCAAACCACUGAGGCCGCUGCCAAGCCCAGCAGCGGUGAUGCUGCCGAGCCCGGCAGCGGUGAUGCUGCCGAGCUCCAGCUAGCUCCGUGUGCAGAGCCUGCCACCUCUUCCACCAGCAGCACCAGGAUAAUGGUUCCACAGUCCCCUCCACCUCCGACGGUUCCUGACGAUCUUGGAACAGAGGAGCCAGCCAAGUCCGCCAGCAUUCCCCCAACAGUCCCCCAGCAGUCCCCCAACAGUCCCCCAGCAGUCCCCCAACAGUCCCCCAACAGUCCCCCAGCAGUCCCCCAACAGUCCGCCAGCAUUCCCCCAAAACUCCCCCAACAGUCCCCCAGCAGUCCCCCAACAGCCCGCCAGCAGUCCCCCAACAGUCCCCCAGCAGUCCCCCAACAAUCCACCAGCAGUCCCUCGGCAGUCCCCCGGCAGUCCCCUGGCAGUCCCCCAGCUGUCCCACAACAGUCCCUCAACAGUCCCCCAGCAGUCCCCCAGCAGUCCUUCGGCAGUCCCCCAGCUGUCCCACAACAGUCCCCCAACAGUCCCCCAACAGUCCCCCAGCAGUCCCCCAACAGUCCCCCAGCAGUCCCCCAGAGCCCUACUCCAAGCUUCCCUGGUGUGGACAAGGAAGCGUCUGAGAUUCUAAGAUGGAAUGUCAAUAUGGGCCUGUUACCUGGCGGACCAUACAUGGGGGUCUCGGCGGACAUCGAAUGGGUCAGUUCUCUGGGCUCGGAGGGGGAGGAUGGUGAUGAGGUGGGUCUGUGGAGCCCGGAACCCCAGGACUAUCAGGGCAGCCUGGACAAGACCAGUCUGACCCCCAGCGAGGGUGAGGGAGACGGGGAAGGGACUGAGCCAGGAGGUACCCCCAGCCCCAGGGGCCAGUCAACCCGGCCCCAAAGCCCCAUCCCGAGGGAGGGCCACUGGGCAGAGGGGGAAGAGGAGGUACCUGAGAGUGGGAUAACUAUGGACAGGAAGCAGGAAUCUCUCAUGACCUACAGUCAGAGGUCAGACAGCAGGGCCUUGGAGGACUUGGCCAACUAUGACUUCCUGGUUCAGUUGAGAAAGGCAUCCUCCCACCAACCUGCCUCACACCACUACCAGCACCACAACCACCUGCCCCCCAACGGCAGAAGCCCUGCCCCAGCCAUGUAUCACACUGGCAGCCUGCGCCUCCGUGAUGACCUCCCUCCCGUCUGGUCUCUUGGGGCUCAGCGCUCACCUGAGAGACCAGACGGUGACCCUUUAAGUCCAGAUGCUCUCAGGAACCUACAGGCUUGUCCGUUCUGCCAGCAUACCUUCCACCGCGGAGGGUCCCUACGCGAGCACAUCAGGUUUUGCCACGAGCGGGACGGCGGGCACUAUAGAGCUCAGAUGGAACGACACAUGGGACUGCACAGUCAGCACAUUGACCAUGGUGCGGAGAGCAGGAAGUUCAAGUGUUUUCAGUGUGGGAAAUCCUUCAAGUACAAACACCACCUCAAAGAGCACCUCCGCAUCCACAGUGGUGAGAAACCGUAUGAAUGUUCCAACUGCAAGAAGCGCUUCUCUCACUCUGGCUCCUACAGCUCACACCUCAGCAGUAAGAAGUAUAGCCAGGGGACCUACCAGUCCUCCCCUGCAUCACCCUCAGCAGGAAGCGGUAGGAACAGCAGUGGAAAGGGCUCUCCCUACCUUCCUCACACCCAGAAGCGUCAUUCACCAAUGGGCUUAGAGAGGGAGCUGUACCCCCCUGGGGACCAGAGCAGGGGGAUCCUCCAGGGCCGGGAGCUCGGCAGGCUGUGGGACCCCCCAGCGGAGUUCUCCCUCCGGGACAACGUGUUCAAGGGCACCAACCUGCUGCCGUACCUCCAUGCCACCGCCGGGGGCAAGUUUGAGCAGAUGCUGCAGGAGAUGUUUGACAGGGAGGCGGGAGAUGUAGGCUCACCCAGGGAGGAGGGGAGACUGGGGAUUCACAACGGAGGACGAGACAGGAAGGCAGAUGAUCCAAAACCGCUGAAACGCAACCGAACCGGCUCGGGUGAGGGGUACAGGGGUGGGGUGACAUGUCACUGGUGCUCCCAGCUCUUCCCCAGCCCUGCCGUGUUACUGCAGCAUGAGCGCUACCUCUGUAAGAUUAACCGGCAGGCCAUGGAGGUGCCUGAAGGUCCUCGCAGCAAAGACCACCUCUCUCCCCUCUACUUCUCCUCCAGAACUCCUCUCCAGCCACCCCCACCAGACAACAACAAUAAAACCCCAGCAAUGGCUAACGGUUUCUCCAAAGACAAGUCUCCUCUCCAGAGACCCUGCUGGCACUCUGUCCCUCAGGAGCUGCUGGUCGCCAUGCACUCCCCCCUACAGCCCCGCCCAGACUCACUAUCCAUGAGAUCCUAUUGGUCUAGCCAGGAGAGUGGCGGCAGCCCCGGCCAACCAGCUCCAACUAGCCCUGCUACAGACAUGUCCUCACUGCUACCAAUAGGACCAUUCCCCUCUUCAGAGAUCGACUCGCCCCUCUGCCUGGACCUAUCCAACACCACUCUCACCCCCCCUUGGAGUCGAACCAUCCCCCAAGGAAGGACCGCAGGGUCGGGUAGCUCCCAGAAUGACCAACCCCUGGAUCUCUCCCUACCCAAGCCCCAGGAGGGGAAAGCCCUGGAGGACAGCAUGCCCAGUAAUGGACACCCUCGUCCAGGAGAAAAGAGAGAGAAGACCUACAGAGAGCCAGCAGAGAACCAACAGCUCCACCGGAGGCUGAGUCUCAGUCCACCUUGGCAACAGCAGCAUCAAGCCGGCUACAGUGGCGUUCCGAUGUUUGAGGGCUCCAUCUACAGUGAAUACCCUCUGUUUAACCCCAUGAUGCCCGCUGGGCUAGCUGGCUCAGGACAUGACGUGGUCCCCUCCCUGCCCCUCAGUCACCCAGCCAGCAGCCAGCGAUUCCUCUCCCCUAUGGUCUACAUGAUGGAGUCAGACACAGAUGCCGUGCUGAAGAGGAUCCAUCAGGAGAGACAAGCCUUCAUGGGUGAGGUGAUGGGUUGCGGGGGUCUGGACUACCUCUCGCUGAUGGAGGAAGGAGGAGAGGGAGAAGGGGGACCAGGGAGGAAGAGACUGAAGAAGACAGACGAAGGCCUGUACGCCUGCGACGUCUGUGACAAGACCUUCCAGAAGAGCAGCUCUCUGCUCCGACACAAGUAUGAGCACACAGGUAAACGUCCCCACGAGUGCCAGAUCUGCAGGAAGGCCUUCAAACAUAAGCACCAUCUGAUGGAACACAGUCGCCUGCACUCUGGAGAGAAGCCCUAUGAGUGUGAUAAGUGUGGCAAGAGGUUCUCCCACUCUGGCUCCUACUCCCAACACAUGAACCAUCGAUACGCCUACUGUAGCAGGGACCAGGAACAGAAAGGGGUCGAGGAGCCUCCUCUUACCCCAGGAGGGUCCACCGAUCUGGGCCAUGUUUCCGGGGGCACCCCCUUCUCCAUGGAGUACACCCCAAUGUUUCUCAGUGAUGCCAGUCUGGACGGGGGGAUAGGAGGGAGAGCACAUGAAGAGGAGGAGGAGGGAGAGGAGGACGAGACAGACAAGACUAAAGGUGGCCAUAUGAAGGAGGCGUGUACUUUAUCGGGGUCUGGGUCUGGUGACGGGUUAGGGUUGGAGCUGUGCUCUAGCCCUGUGGGGAAUGAGAGAGACAGACAGCAUGUCGACAGAGACAAUGGAGAAGGAGAGAAUUCUGGUCUAGAGACUUACAGACUUGAAAACAACAAUGACUGGGACAGAGAUGCGUUGGAACAAAACGGAGACAAGAACACAGACACAUACGAGCUGAGCCCAGAAGCUCCACUGUCACAAUGACAACAGCGGACAAGUAUGCCGAAGACAAUGCAUCUAGCUACAAACAUUUAACAUUUUAGUCAUUUACUAGACACUCUUAUCCAGAUUGACUUACAGUUAGUGUAUUAAUCUUCAGAUAGCUAGGUGAGACAACAACACAUCACAUAUCAUAUCAGGUAGAUUUUCUCCUCAAUAAAGUAACGAUCAGCAGAGUCACUGCUAAUGGGGAAAAGA